AUGACAUUUGGGGACGUGUUGACACGUUUAAGAACCACAACGCAGAGGUUUCUGGAUCACACCCGAAGCGUCCCUUCAUCGCAUCAACACACUACUUUAGCUUCCGUACCGCGCCGUCCUUGGCAUCGCACGAAACUUCUUGCACCCGCUGCAAUUUCGCAUAGACGAAACGAGCAAUUUUAUCGUUUACCCCCAUUUCCCACAAACCGAAGCAACACAAAAGAACUUGUUCAUCCUGCUCUGCUUUCGCUUCGCGCCCAUCUCGUGAGACUCGAUGGAACAAGGUAAGCCCGUGUCCGCAAAUUCGACUGCCACAGCAGCAUUGGAAGCCUUGCAGAAGGCCCGGACAGAAAAAGAAGCGCAGGGUGUCAUUUCCGGCAAUGAUAUCACCUCGCUCAACAAAUUCCUGCAAUGGAGUACAGCGAACACUACGAAACCGGAGCAGGCUUCAUCAGGCGACAAAGCGACUGAGAAAACCGAAGAGCAACUUGCCGCCGAUCGCGAAUGGCUCGACGCAGCUUUCCCUGAUAUGUUUGCCGAUGUCAAACGUGUCGUCGCCAUGCUCACGGACGAGAAAAACCCGCUCACCGCAGAGGAGAAAGUCGAGGCAUUAGAAGGCUUGGAGGAGAUGUUUGUGGAUUUGAAUUAUGCUAUCAACAUCGAUAAACUUGGGGCUUUGCAACCCAUUUUAAAUUGUGCCGCAGCAGAUGAACCUGAAGUUCGCGCUGCCGCUGUCUGGGCCCUCGGCUCUGCUCUGCAGGAUUUGAAAGAGGUGAAAGAUGUCUUCAUGCAGCGAGAUGGACAUGAAGUCUUGGCAAAAUGUCUCUUAGACCUCAACGCAAAGGUGAGGGCGAAGGCUGUCAUGGCGUCAUCGGCCUUGUUGAGAAAUUCGUCAAAGGAGAUUCGAGAACGCUUUGCAGAGCUGGGAGGCACUAUCUCUCUCCGGCGUCUUCUCGCAGAUGAUAACAUUUUGGUAAGGAGACGAGCCAGGUUCUUCAUGCAACAUGCGAGGGCAACGGGAAAUGAAGAGUUUGUGCGAGAUCUACUUGACGACCGGAAUGCCAUUGCCGCGUUUUCAGAGUCCAUUGCCGCCCUCGAUGUUGACGAUGUCGCUGAUAUGGAAGCAGGCAUUGGAGCACUGCAAGUACUGGUCGAAAUAGAUAAGCAAGGCCUGCUGAGAGUCGCACCAGAGUUGCCAGGAGUCAUCGAUCAAGUAGUUGCCCGAUGCGGGGAUCCAGACCUCGCUGAAUCCUUGACAAGUCUUGCAGACUCGCUGGGAGGAUGAUGUUCCUCACGGGUACAGAGUAUCUGAUUUAAUUCAUGUUAGACGAGGGUGCAACGUUGUAAAGUGUAACAGUAAU